AUGGCUCAUCGAAAGGAUGGCUGCGAUUAUGAGAGCCAAGACGAUCGGCAAGGACGUGAUUCCAGCAUUGCCGUGAAGCGCACGCCAGGAAUCAUCCAUCCCACAUCGCAACCUGGGCAAAGCGGGCAGAUGUCAGCGUUGAUCAAGUGCCACAAACCCACUAUCGCGAGCACCGCCCCUCCAACAAUUCCGAUGGAACGUAUCGACGACAUAUUGCUAGAGAUGCGUCAAAUGCUGGAACGAAUGCAGUUGAUGGUGCGAAAAGUUGAGGAUCAAGCUCAAUAUCUGCGACCUGUGCAAGUGUCCCUUCCCAGCGCAAGUGCAUGGAUUCCAUUGACACCCCCAACACCCGAAACAACCAGUCUUGACAUCGACUCGUCCUCCAAGAACGACUUUCGUACUCCGGCUGAAGUUCAACAUGACUCGCGUAUUAUUCAAAGCAGCGGGAUCUACAAUUGGGACCGCGAAGAUGCGUACGGCUAA